CAACAAUAUCAUAUCUUAUCCAUGGCGUCGUCGAGUUUUCUUACAGCAGUUGCCAAGCCAUUUUCUACUGACCUUCUUCGUUCUCCUCCUUCUAUCUCCACCAAAACCACACCAACAUCUUUCUGUUUAAAAAGGAAUUCCUUCAAGGUUAAUGCAAUUGCUACAAAAUACGAGCCUUCUAAGGUUAAGCCACAAGCUGAUAGAGUGCUAAUUCGUCUUGAGGAGCUACCUGCGAAAUCUGCUGGUGGAGUUCUGUUGCCGAAAUCAGCUGUCAAGUUUGAACGUUAUCUUAUGGGAGAGAUUCUUGCUGUUGGCACUGAGGUAGGGGACUUGGAGGCGGGGAAAAAGGUUCUUUUCUCUGACAUCAACGCUUAUGAGGUGGAUCUUGGAGCGGACGGAAGGCACUGCUUCUGCAAAGUGUCCGACCUACUAGCUGUGGUUGAAUAGAACACUACUAUAUGAAUCACUUUAUCUUCCUAUGAGGUGUCAUAAUCUGUUGUAGUGAGCGUUUGUCGCUUAUGACUUGAUACAAUUUUGUUAGCAAGUAAAGCAAUUGCAAGCAGUAUGAAUUUAGCA